CCCUCGCGCCCACGGGAUACAGAGGGAUCAUGCAAACCGAUAGUUAAGAAAGGAUUUAACGAGAAGGAGCAAAUCCAGUCGCAGCUGGAGAGCCUCAGGAGAGAGAAAGGAGAACUGGAGAAACAGGAAAGGAAGGAGCAAUGGAUCUGCCAGGACUAUCUGGAAAAAGUGAAGACAGAGCGGCAGAAGAUUGUGCCUGAAUUUAAGCAACUGCGACAGUACCUGGACGAACAAGAGUGCCUGCUGCUGGCUCAACUGGGAGAGCUGGAGAAGCAGAUUACAAGAAGAUUGAAGGAAAAUGCUGCUGAAUUCUCCAGGAAGAUUAUUUAUCUGGAUGGCCUGAUCAAGGAGAAGGAGUGUCAGCUGUCAGGACAUGAGUCCCCACAGGAUGCUGGUGAUGUUUUGAGCAGGUGCGAGAGGGCAAAACUCCAGCAAAAGGAGCAGAUGAGCAAUGAGCUGAAGAAAGGGCCCGGCAUCCGCUCAGAAAAAGCUCCCAUGCUAGAGGAGACAGCAAGAAAACCUCAAGAUGCUUUGAUGACUGCCGCAGGGCUAGGAGUGGAGGAAUCACAGGGACUGUACACUAAAGUGAACGUGACUCUGGAUCCAGACACAGCUCAGUCUCGGCUCAUCUUGUCAGAAGAUCAGAGAAGUGUGAUGCAGGGAGCCACUCAGCAGAGCCGGCUUGACAACCCCAAGCGAUUUGACCUGUGGCCUUGCGUGCUGGGCUGCAAGGGAUUUGACUCAGGGCAACCAUGCUGGGAGGUGGAGGUGGGCUAUGGGUCGUGCUGGGCUGUUGGGGUGGCCCUGGAGUCUGUGAAGAGGAAGGGACCGAUUGACAUGAGCCCACUGGGGGGGAUCUGGGCGGUGGGACAGUAUAAGGAGAAGUUCCAGGCUCUCACUUCCCCAGUUCCCACCCCUGUCCUUCCCAGCAUCAUCCCCCAGAGGGUGCGGGUCUGUCUGGACCAUGCCAGGGGGCGGGUGAUGUUUGUCAACGUGGACAGCGAGGCUGUGAUUUUCACUUUCCCGCAAGCCACGUUUGCGGGGGAGCAAAUCUACCCCUGGUUCUGGUCCCAGCUCUGGGGUGGAGGGGAUGAAGGAGGCUCUUUGGCAGCAUCCAUCUCCGAGACCUGCCAGUCCUCCCGACUGGUGGCCAGAGGAACCAUGUGA